AACAGCAGUCAGUCUCACUUGCUUUCCUUCAGCACCCCUUCCAUCCUAUUCUCACGCUUUAUAUCCCCGAAACCCUUACCAGCUAGCGUCAGCGCCAAUGGUCAGUGCAUAGAGAUGAAGAGGGUAAAUACAUCACGUUUCAGUACAAUUUAGGCUAUGCCUUCGAAAAAUUGCGGGUCCUGAGAAUUUAGAGGAAAAUGAAAUAGGGAGUGAAGAUGGAUAAUGAUUAAUCACAAAUUCUUAUAACCUAACGCACAAGUUGAUCAGAGCGGUCCACCUGUCUUGGCAUAGCCUAUUUAAUUUAUUUCGGUUAUGAUUGCACAUUUACUGUAGGCUAUGUCGCAGCGGGAGGAUAUUUGAAAAGCGCAGAGGGAUGUAGGUUGCUAAGAGAGAGAGAGCUAGAGAGACUUGGCAGCACAUUAUUAUAAUGAUGGUGAGUGACUGAUCCACACUUGACGCUGGCGACUUAAUUUGGAACUACAAGCAAGGGCGAUUUUGUAGUUUCGUCUGCUUCUGGAGGGCAUCGGGACGAACCUGCAAAUUGCCUGAACAACGCUCUGAGAGGCGCAAGAAAGAAAGCCUUGGAGAAAAAGACGACUGUAAAGGCGGUAAGACUGUCAGAGACUGAAGCUACCGCGGAGUACCAAACCACAGGUGUGCCUGGAGAGAGAUUUCAGCCACUCUGAUCAACACAGAGACGGAGCUGUCUCUACUGACAUCAGAACAGGACGACCUAAAAUAACCUUUCAAAAGUUUCAAGAACGCUACCCUCAAACAAGCAAGGCUGGAACCGGCAUGAAGAUAUCAAGUCUUUGAAGUGGACUGAGUAUCAUGUCUUAUGAUUGGCCUCAGUUUGUUUUUUGAAUAUCAAGCCUAAUGGUUGACAUGGCCAGGGUUUAAUGCUCCCAAUGCUGUUAAUUCAAGAACACUUUUCUGUCUUCGUAGAAGAUUAAAGUACUUUUUGGUGAAGGAACUGAGGUAUAGAAUGGGGCAACGGGAUCUUACCUGAGGCUAAAUCCCUGAUAUAGCAACCCACUUCUUAUCUUUUUAGAUCAGUCAAAAAUAUCCAGUCUCCUAAAUAUAUUCCAGCCCGUUCCGCCCAGCUUUGAGAGGGAAAUGGAUAAGAUGAUGUGGACUCAGCUGAGAAUGUGGAGUCUCAGCUCCGAUCUAGAUAUGGCUUUGAGAUCAGACAUUCCGGGAAUCGACGCAAAGGCUCUACUGGGAUAGAGCGCACCCUGGUACUCACACAGCCAGCAGCAUUUUCUCAGUGAUUUUUUUUCAUGGGAGAAUACAAGCCCACACCAAGGCCUAAGGCAAGUGUACAGUAGGGCUGCCUGCGAGCGUGGUAGUCUAAAUCCUGGAGGUGGACUGUAUCGUUUCAUCCACUGCACCAGGACCCACACGCUCCAGAGGAGACAGACUCACAGCUCCAGCUUGGACAAGACAAGGAGAUCUUUCUAGGGCUGAAGGCGCCGGCUUGUUUUGAGCUGAUCCUUAGGAUUUAAGGAUCCAAGAAGUUGAGAUCGAGAGGAAGGGAAGUUGAUCAUCAACACCAUGGCGCCUGAGGGAGUGGUCGAGCUGCGUGAUUGGCUGUUCCUGCUCAUGCUCUGCCUGACUCUGUUGGCCGAGGUGCUGGAGGUUGCUGCAGCCACAGCCCAGGGGUACGACGAAGAGGGAGACCCAGUGUGCCCCUCUGUGUGCCGAUGUGACGAGGACUUCAUCUACUGCAACGACCGUGGCCUGAGCUCUAUCCCCCCUCUUCCCCCCUCUGCCACUGUGCUCUACCUUCAGAACAACCACAUAGACAACGCCGGGCUCCCCACCUCCCUGGAGCGUCAACUCACCGUCCGAGUGGUCUACUUGUAUGAUAACGAGCUGGAUGACUUCCCCAUGCACCUGCCUCCUUCCCUCCGGGAGCUGCACCUGCAGGACAACAACAUCCGUAUGCUUCCCCGUGCCACCCUGGCCCGCAUGCCCCUACUGGAGAAACUGCACCUGGACGACAACUCUGUCUCCACCGUCAGCAUCGAGGACCAGGCCUUCGUUGACAACCCGCGGCUGCGCCUGCUUUUCCUGUCACGUAACCACCUGUCCAGCAUCCCUUCUGGGCUCCCGGCCUCUCUGGAGGAGCUGAGGCUGGACGACAACCGCAUCUCCACCAUCCCCACCCAUGCCUUCCGUGGCCUCUCCUCCCUGCGACGCCUCGUUCUGGACGGGAACCUCCUGGCCAACCAGCGCAUCGCAGACGAUACCUUCUCCCGCCUCUCCAACCUGACGGAGCUUUCAUUGGUGCGUAACUCCCUCCUGACCCCGCCACUCAACCUGCCCAGUACCCACCUGCAGCGUCUCUCCCUGCAGGACAACGCUCUGAUCCACAUGCCCCGUGGCUCCCUGGAUGGCAUGAGGAGGCUCCAGAGACUGGACCUGUCUGGCAACAACCUGACCACCCUGCCUCGGGGCCUGUUCAAAGACCUGGACAGCCUGGGACAGCUGCUGGUGCGGGGGAAUCCCUGGCACUGUGGCUGUAACCUGCGCUGGCUACAUGACUGGCUGCAUGCUAGGAGUAGCUCCAUCACGGUGAGGGGCCUCACCUGCCAGGGGCCUGACAAGGUUCGAGACAUGGCCCUUAAGGACCUGACCAGUCAGAUGGAGGAGUGUGAAGUCCCAGGCAUAGUGGCUGCCGGGGCUGGGGUCGGGGCCAUAGGCAGUGAAACCAGAGACAGAGUGGGUGGAGCAGAAGUAGGAGGGGUUGCUGCUAGCUCCACCACCCUCGCCCCUCCACAGGGCUCCCUCUUCACCCUGCGCUCCAAGCGGCCUGGCCUGGGGCUCCCAGACUCUGGUCUAGACUACACCCUGGGCAGCAGUGGAGUAGGUAAGAGCCUGGCCCUGAAUGUCAAGGCCCUGGCCCCUGACAGCAUCCGUGUCACCUGGAGCGUGGCCCAACCCACCUCCUCCUUUAGACUCAGUUGGCUGCGGCUGGGAACCAGCGCUGCCAUGGGCUCCAUCACAGAGACCCUGGUGAGAGGAGACCGCAGAGAGUACCUGCUCACCUCCCUGCAACCCCGCUCCAGCUACAUCAUCUGCAUGGUGCCCCUGGCAGCCAGCUCUGGGGGUAAAGGAGCCAGGGCAGGUGGAGACACUGACUCAGAUGAAGCUCCAGUGUGUGCUAAAGCUGAGACGUCAGACCCCAGUCAGCCAGACGCGGGCCAGGAGGACAACCAGGACCCUGAACACAUGGCUACUCUGCCUCUGGCUGGGAUCAUUGGAGGAGCUACAGCCAUCGUCUCUCUGGCCCUCAUAGUCGCCGUCUUUUGCUGGUACAGGCAUCGGGCCGGACGCCUGUCUUCUCGUGACCACUACAGCCGUGGCAGCUCCAGAAAGAACAAGCACUACGAUGACUACAUUGAGUCAGGCACAAAGAAGGACACCACCAUCCUGGAGAUCCGAAGCCCAGGGUUCCAGAUGACACCCAUGGCUACUCACCAGCCGCUGCAGCCCAUGCCCCUCAGGGAGGAUUACAUCAUCCACACUAUAUUCCCCUCCAAUGGCACCGGCCUCUACAAAGGUGCCCACCAAGUGUCCAAUGCAGGUUAUGGCACCAACCGUGGCUAUAGAGAAGGAGGGAUCCCAGAUAUAGACUACUGUUACACGUGAUA